UCCUCCGAAGCAAGUCGCGAAACCUUGAAAGGAAUCUUGAACGUGUAAACUACAACGAUGAUCGAUUACGUGCAUGUUUCAAGGAAGUAAGUACUACAUGUUUUAGUGAUAAACUUUGCAUACGUCAGCCGCGUCGAAGGCCAAAGUGGUUCGGCUGUCUAAAACACGUACAUUCUCGCGUCAAUCGUCUUCAAUCUUGCAAUCUCGAGCCAACGGUUGGAUCGCGAUCAAAGUAACGAAACUCGGACUUGAAUUUUUCGAUUGGAAAUUUGGAGUUUUGGCACCAAUCAGAGAACUUGGCUCAUCGUCAGACUUUACUGGCCAACGAAGGAGGAGUAACAUGUGCGAAACAUCGUUUUAACGGGGCAAAACACGUGGCCGGUUGGGGUGAACGACGCUGGUACGCACAGGUGAAAAUAGAAAGAGAGAGAGAGAGAGAGAGAGAGGCGAGUAGUUCGACGUAACGAGAACCACUGGCAAAGCAGGAAAAUGUGAACGUAUGGAUAGCCUCCGUUGUCCCUCGAGGUUGUCGUCAGUGUCGUCAGUUCGAUCCGGUCACUGGGCCAUUCACCAUGAACGAGCGCAAGGAUGAAACGCGUUCGAUUUACACAGUCGCCAGCAACCAGAAUCUGAUACCAGUAAAGUCCAGACGCGCCUAUUUAAGGAGACGAAGAUACGUACCGAAUCUAACGAUGAUCGUAUUAUUCCUCUUGAUGGCCUUAUCCAUCACGAUGGCCUUGGUGUUUUCUAUACUCUAUGCAACCAACAGACCGGCAAAGCUUUGCGAAACGGAGAAUUGCGUCCGCAUAGCUGCUAGUCUGAAAGAAUCUAUGGACACUUCUGUAGACCCUUGCGACGACUUUUACAAAUACGCGUGCGGAAAGUGGCCAGACGAACAUCCUAUACCAGAUAAGAGUCUAACGAACUCGUGGUUCGACGAGCGCAGAGAAAGAAUGUACAGGAAAAUAAGAGAGCUGUUGCGGGGCAACGCGACGAGAAGCGACGAACCAUGGGCCGUGUCGCAGGCAAAAAUAUUGUACAACAGCUGCAUGGACGUGCACGCGAUAAACGAGCUGGGUCUCGAACCACUGUUCGACCUGUUGGAGCAACUCAAUUUGCCUCGGGUUCCCGCCGCGCUCACCAAAAAGACCAACGGUUACAUCGAACAAAUAGCCAAGGUGAAGAAGCUUCUGGGAAGAGACGUGUUCUUCGGUUUCGACAUUGUUCCUGAUCCUCGGAACACCAGUAACAACGUCAUGUUGUUCGACACACCGAUCAUGAGCAACCCCUUACCCAACGACAAGGAGCUCGAGAAACGACUGCACGCGAUCAGGUCACGUUUCCGUAAACUGGAGAAUCAAGAAGAAGAUGAAGAGGAGAAAGAGGAGGAGGAGGAGGAGGAGGAGGAGGAAAGUACCGAGAACAAGCUGAAGUUAAAGGAAGCAGAAACGACCUACAUAACCGACGUGAUUAAGCAGAUCGUGAAUAAUGGGACCCUCGAUUCGUGCUCCUUGAACGAUGAAUCAUCGUUUCCUGACGAGCAAGACCUGGACGAAAUAAUCGAGACGCUCUACGAAUUGACCAGCACUUUUUACUACCUGUCUCGUCUGGAGAGCAACGAAAGCAUCUGGGAGGACGAUCCGACUGUUGACGAUUACAUGUUGGUGGACGAUCUUCAAAAGUUGACCGACCUCUUUGUGACGAAAACCAAUUCGACGCUCACGCCUAAACCACUGUGGCGACCGUUCAUCGAGUUACUCUUCGAGGACAUCGGCACUUUGGAUCUAAACGAGAAGGACAAGAUAUUGGUGGCCGAUCUAGAGUACUUGAAGGAGAUUGCUCUGACGUUGGCUCUCGCCGAGGAAGAAGAAUUGGAGAGCUACAUCUGGUGGGUGGUCGUGGACAUAAUUGUGCCUCACUCGUCCGACAAUUUGAAGAAAAUCUGGCUGGACUACACCAGAGAGGUGACCGACGUCGAGAUCGGCGAAUCGAGAUCCCUCCUUUGCACGUCCGCGGUCAACGAAUUGAUGGGAAUGGCGGUCUCUUGGUUGUUCGUCGACCCGUCGUUUCACGAAAACAAAGGCAAAAGGGUGCUGGAGAUGCUGGACGACAUAAAGCAAGCCUUCGCCUCGAUGGUUUCGCGCACCGAUUGGAUGGAUCAACGGACGAAAAUGGCCACGCUGGAGAAAAACGAGAACAUGAUUUCUCAAAUUGGCUUUCCGGAUUGGUUGUUCGACGAGACGGUACUCAACGAGUACUACGAAGGCAUAGAUCUGUCGGAGACGAGAUACCUGAACAACAUGAUUCAAAUCGUUCGACUCAUGUCCCUGUCCGAAUUGGAAUGCAUCCACGAAACUAACUAUAACAACCUGUCGUACUGGGCCACCGAUCCAACGGAUGUAAAUGCAUUUCACACCUAUCAAUUCAAUCACAUAAAUCUCUGAAUUACGGCGCCAUCGGGACGGUGCUUGGCCACGAAUUAACUCACGGAUUCGACAACGUCGGAAGAUACUUCGACAGCAACGGGAACGUGAGGCAAUGGUGGACCAACGAGACCGCCACGAGAUACACUG